AUGGACUGUCCAGCUGGGGAAGAGCUGCUCGUUGUCCUCGUUCUGUCAGAUUCCACCUCCUCCAACAUGCGCACAGUGCUCGAGCUGCACAAGCGAUUGCAGACGCGCUUGUGCGACCUCAAGGAUCACUCGUGCAGACUUGAGGAUGUCACCACCCGCAUGCCGGAGAGGCAAGACAACAAGUCUGCAACUCAUCAUCUUCUCCUUCCUGCUUCUGCUCCUUCUCUUGCUCCUGCUCCUUCUCCUUCUCCUGCUCCUGCUUCUGCUCCUUCUCCUUCUCCUGUGGCUUCUGCUCCUGCUCCUGCUCCUGCUUCUGCUCCUCCAUCGCCUUCUCCACUAGCAUCAGCACCGAACAGAUCCGGUGUAGGAGUGCGACCUCACCCGGAUGAAGUCUUGUGCAGCGUGUUUCUGAACGCUCUCCCGAAGCAGAUCCAUGCGCUGGAGCCUCUCGUCUUGUCGGUUUCAUUUCACGGGCUGCAGGAGGGCUGCAGGUACAAGGUUCAGGUGCAGAUAGUCCUCAAGGACUUGCUGCGAAUCGUCUUCCAUGAGAACAGAAUCGUCCGCCUAGGGGACGAGCAGCCACUGGAGUACCACAUCGCUUCCUUCUACCCCGGCAACUUUCUCAUCCGCGCGACUCUCUUUGACGAUUUUGCGCGGGAGGAAGCGGAUGAGUCGAUUGUGGCCAUGACAACUAAGAUGAUCGCAUCCGUCGCUCCCUGUCAAGUUUCCUACCUCUGGUCCUCGUCGGGUCGCCAGCUGUUCCAGGGCAGCAUCUCCUACUCGAACUCUCCCUUCGCUCGCGCCAUGCGCGCUGACUCCUCUCCUCCUCAUCCUCUGACUGUCACCAUGGCCACCAUCUCCACAGUGGAUCGAGCGACGGUGUUGAUGAACACUGCUGCCCACUGGAAGGAGGACAUGGCGGUCGCCUUCUACGCGCGGAGCCCUGAGGACGAGCGAGACCUGCGGAGGUACGUCGCAGACUCGCUGGGUCCCUGGUUCUCCUCCCGCAACAAGUCGCUCGAGGCUGUCAUGCUCUCCGUGUGCCCCAACCGGGAGGAUCCGCUCAAGAUCCUCGUGUUCCCCAUCAACAUGCUGCGCAAGAUCGCCUGCUCCAUCGCCAAGACCGACCUCAUCCUCUACACCGACGUCGAUAUGAUCGCGUCCGAUGACAUCGCUUCUCACAUCAGGCAGGUCUACGAGGGGACGAGGCUGAAGCCCAAGGACCUGCUCGUCGUUCCUUCCUUCAAGGGCAGCAGCUCCUGGCCCCCCGUCGCUGAAAUCCAGCGGGGCAACAACACCACGCAGGUUCAGGUCACGACUCACCCGGUCACCGUCGCUGACGUCAUCGAGCACUUUAUUCACUGCCGCGUUCACAUCCCGGGCAUGCGAUGCGGCAUGUGGACCCUCGCGUCUCGCUGGUCGGAGGAUGGCGUCUUUCACGCUCCGACGAGCUACGACAGGUGGAUGGAGGAGAAGGAGGUGUACGAGGUGAGCUACGUGGUGGGCUACGAGCCUUACUUCGUCGUCAAUCGGAGCGCAUGGGAGGGGAGGCAUGGGGCAGGAAUCUACGACGAUCGCUUCGUGCACUGGGGGUGGGACAAAGCGAGCAUCGGCUUCGAGGCGGCGAGGUUGGGGUACAGCUUUGUUGUCCUCCCGGGUGCCUUCUUUGUUCACGUCUCCUACUGGCUGGAGGACCCUUCUAUCUCCCUCCGCCUCUUCUCCAUCUCCCCCCGCCCUGAGUACACCGACUGGGGCCCUCCAGACACACACGGCCGGCGGCUGCUGCAGGACGAGGUCCUGCGCCAGGACGCGGCAGGGAAGGGGAAGGCGACGAUCGGGUCAUGUCUGGUGCCAGCCUUCAAGAUCCCGUGCGACCUCUCCAAGCUUCGUCUCCUUCCCCGCCCUCGCCUCCUGUCCCUCGCUGGCUUCCGCAUCAUCGAGCUGGAGCUCGAGGGGCUCGUGCCGGGCGUGGGCUAUCAGAUCUCCGUGCACGCGCCGUCGCCGGAGGAGCAGCCGUACAAGGCUGGACACAUGUGGCACUUCGCUAUCCUGCCGCUUGAGCGCGAGGAGACGGUCGCCAUGAAUCUCAGCCUCCCGUCCGACCUCCGCCAAGGUCGCUGGAUCAUCCGGCUGGACCUGCAGGACCUUCAAGCGGCGAAGCUAAUGGAGGCGCAAGGAACAUUGAUAUGGGACGAGCGAGUGUACGAGUUGUAG